AUGGCGUACGGCUUGCCAAGAAAGAACACAGUGAAAAACAUUUUCCGGGGCAGUUGCUUUAAGGUACAGGAACCAUGGGAUCUCGCACUGCUUACAAAGAGUUGGUACACAAACCUAGCCACCAUCAAGUUGCCUUUCUUGGAAGAAAUUGCAUUUGGUAGCCCUAUAAAGCUUGCGUGUCAUAAGGCCAAGGGGAAUGGUUUCCUCCCUUCAGCAGAAUCCAUCAAACUUGAAAGGGAAUAUGAACUGAAGCGCCUGAAUGAACUUAAACAUGAAAAAGAUGCAUCUGAGGAAAUGCAACUUAGCCUACGGGAAAGUCAAGCUGGUUUGAGGAGACCUCUUCCACUUUGGGGACAAUCAUCUUGUAAUCAAAUCUGUACUCUGCUUCCUCCAUUAAAAAGGGAUGAGGGUCUCUGA